AUGCUGGUGGCCGCCGGUUUCGGGACGUCGAUUCGGAGGACAUUCUGCGUAAGUGCCCGAACACCCAAAACAUUCUCGAAAUGGUACCAAGGGCUGUGGCAACGGAGCUCCAACGCCGAUCCGCCUUACGCUCACGUGGUGCAAGUGGGAGAUCCCGUGCUCCGAUUGGUGGCACCACCCAUUCCCGAGGCUGAACUUAAAUCACACGAAGUGCGCUUUCUAGUCACCCACCUAACGAAAGUGAUGCGAACGUACAAAUGUGUCGGAUUGGCCGCACCCCAGCUGGGUCUUUCACUGCGGGCCUUCGUUAUGGAGUUCCGCGACGAGCUUCGCGACCAGUACAGCAAGGCGGAUUACGCAAACCGGGAGAUGGAACCGCUUCCAUUGACGGUGCUUCUAAAUCCAGAGCUGAAGGUUCUCAACUAUGAGAAGGUACUGCACACCGAGGCGUGCGAAAGUGUGCGCGGGUAUCGGGCCGACGUUGCCCGACAUCGGGAGGUUUUAAUCACCGGCUACGAUGGUGACGGAUCCCGGCAGGAGUUAACCCUACGGGGUUGGAACGCUCGCAUUGCACAGCAUGAGAUGGAUCACCUGAACGGAACCGUUUACACGGACAUUAUGGACCGAAAGAGCUUCGCCUGCAGCUGCUGGCAAGCGGUCAAUGCGCACCAAGGGCGCAUAAAGUUGUCUUUUGCUAGCAAAUAA